CCCGACCCGACCUGGCCGCUGCGUUCCCAUGCCGCCCGCGGCUGGCUGCCUGGCUUGGCUUCCCCCGCAGCGCGCGGCGCGGCGCGGCGCGGCGCGGCGGGCAUCUUCCACUCCCCACUCCCACCCGCCACCCCGGGGGGCCGGGGCGGGGCGCGCAAUAGAAAACGCCUCCCCAACCGCAGCCGCGGCGGACACGGUCAGCUUCCUGCCUGCCUACCAAGCCGGAGCGCGCCCGCGCGGGACGUAUCACAUCCAAAGCUUCGGAGAAGCUUAGCUUUGCCUGCUCGCUCGCUCGCGCCCUCGCCGGUUGACUUGUUUGGUGCUUUCGAUCCGGCCGGGCCUUGUUUGGUGCCUGAUUGCUCGGCCUCACCUGACUCGUCGCCUCACCGGCCGAUCGUCGCCGCCUAUAUAGUUGGUUGGUGGUGCGGCCGGAAGUAGAGGUGGCCGCUGUCGUCCGGUUCCCCUCGUCGUGGAUGAGUGCGGCUGCAUUGGCGGCGAUCGAGGGAGCGGGAGCGCGAGCGAGAGGAGGAAGGGCGGGAUGGCGCCGGCCGGGGCGAUGAGGCGGGCGGGCGGCCGGUUUCGGGCGCGGGAGGAGGCCACGACCGCCGCCGCCGCCGCCAAUGGGUACUUCUUCGGCGGUGGAUUUUCGCGCGUUCUGGAGGAGGCGCCGGAGCCGGCGGUGGGCGCUCCGGCCACGGCGGGGAGGGAGGCGCCGCCGGCCGCCGCGGCCGUGGCGGCGAGGAUGACGCCCGCGGUGCUCUUCGUCACGGUGGUGCUGGCCGUGGUGCUGCUCGUCUCGGGCCUGCUCCACGUCCUGCGCAGGCUCUUCCUCAAGACCCACCGCGCCAGCGCCGGGGGCGGGGAGCGCCAGCUGCAGCACCUCUUCUUCCCGGCCAGCCACGAGGACGGCGCCGGCGGCUCCGGCGGCGGCGGGCUCGGCCAGGCCGCCAUCGACGCCAUGCCGGAGUUCGCGUACGGCGAGCUCUCCGCCGCGGCGGCCCCCGUGGCCGCCAGCGGGAAGGGGAAGGAGAAGGCGGCCCGGCCGUUCGACUGCGCCGUCUGCCUAUGCGAGUUCGCCGACCACGACCGCCUCCGCCUGCUCCCGGCCUGCGGCCACGCGUUCCACGUCGCCUGCAUCGACGUCUGGCUCCGCUCCAGCGCCACCUGCCCGCUCUGCCGCACCAAGCUCACGGCGCGCCACCUCGCCGCCGCCGCGCGGGACGCGCCGUCCGUCGGGCAGGACGUCGAGGAGAACAGGCGGCAGGAGGAGGAUCGGGCGCCAGACGCGGCGGCCGCCGCGAGCAGCGUCGUGCUCCCCGUCAGGCUCGGCCGGUUCACGAACGCCGAUGGCGACGCCGGGGCGAGCACCAGCACCAGCAGCCGCAUCGACGUCGACGGGAGGAGGUGCUACUCCAUGGGCUCCUACCAGUACGUGCUCGCCGACGAGCACCUACUGGUCUCCGUCCACAUGAGGCACGGCAAUGCCGGCGGCGCGGGCGCCGGAACCGCCGGCGUAACCACAUCGAGCGGCGGCUGCGGCGACCAGCAGCACGGCAAGAAGGUGUUCGCGCGCGGCGACAGCUUCUCCGUGUCCAAGAUCUGGCAGUGGCGCGGCAGCAAGCGGCUCCCCGCUGCCAGCCUCUGCGCCGACGACGGCCUGCCGUGGGCGCCGGCGGCGAAGGACCCGGCGGGCGCGCACACGAGGCAACAACAAGUCAACAACACAGCGACACUUGAUCACAGACAAACCGUCGAGACACACACACACACACACGCAUGUCAUGUUGGUUAGCGUUUCUUGGUAGAACUUUGGGGGUAAAAUCGUUCCACGAGCAACCACGCGAACAAAAAUACAAAAAGAACGUCCUUCUAGGAGAUUUUGCUUUUUGGCUCUUUUUGUACAAUACAUGAUGACUUCUAAAAAAAAAUCAUGACUGACGUUCAUUUCCAGGCUUCUGCUCCACACAUAAAGAACCCUAUAAUUUUUAGUA